GGGAGCGGAGCCGCCGUGUGAAUUGCACCCGAAACUCCCAUUGUCCGUCCCCCCGGGGGGGUGCCGCGCCCGGCCGCUUUAAGAGCCGGGGGCUGCCGGCCGCCCCCCAGCCCUGCUCCUGGACUCGCCUCGCUCCUCUCCUGAGCGCCGCCCGCUCCUGCGAUGGGCUCGAGCUUCCCCGCCCCGCUGCGGCUCACCCUGGCGCUGCUCUGGCAGCUGGGACUCUCCGCGGCGAUCCAGUGGCUAGGGCUGAUGGUGAAUGGCAGCAGGGUAGCCUGGAACGAGACCCAGCACUGUAAGAUAUUGGAUGGGCUAGUCCCAGACCAAUUGCAGCUGUGCCGAAGAAACCUGGAGCUCAUGCACAGCAUUGUACAUGCAGCCAAAGAGACCAAGGGAGUCUGCCAGAAAACAUUCUCAGAUAUGAGAUGGAACUGCUCUUCCAUUGAGAAUGCACCCAGUUUCACCCCUGACCUCAUGAAAGGGACCAGGGAAUCUGCGUUUGUCUAUGCAUUGGCUGCUGCUGCUGUCAGUCAUUCCAUUGCCCGGGCCUGUGCCUCAGGGGAGCUACCUAUCUGUUCCUGUGGAUCUGUCCCAUCUGAGGUGCCUGGGCCUGGCUUCAGGUGGGGUGGCUGUGGGGACAACCUCCGCUAUGGCCUCCAGAUGGGUUCUGCCUUUGCUGAUGGUCCCAUGAAGUCCAGCAAGGCAGGAGGACAAGCCACCAGGCUUAUGAAUCUACAUAACAAUGCAGUGGGCCGACAGGUAUUGAUUGACUCCUUGGAAACCAAGUGUAAAUGCCAUGGUGUUUCUGGCUCCUGCUCAGUUAAGACCUGUUGGAAGGGGCUGCAAGGUUUGAGUGAAAUAGCAGCUGACCUCAAAUCCAAGUACCUGGCAGCCACCAAGGUGACCCACCGGCAUAUGGGGACCAGAAAGCAGCUGGUGCCCAAAGAACUGGACAUCAGGCCAGUGAGAGAGGCUGAGCUGGUUUAUCUAGUCAGUUCUCCAGACUACUGCACAAAGAAUCCCAAACUGGGGUCUCUGGGGACUCAGGACAGGCAAUGCAACAAGACCUCUGUGGGCAGUGACAGCUGUAACCUGAUGUGCUGCGGGCGUGGCUACAAUGCUUACACUGAGAGUGUGGUGGAGAGGUGCCAAUGCAAGUACUAUUGGUGCUGCUAUGUGACGUGCAAGAAGUGCCAGCGGACAGUGGAGAGAUACGUGUGCAAGUAAUGCAGAGGCCCUGGAGCAGCCCAGGCACUGAGAAAGCCCUAAAUAACCUAUGCUCCGAGACACUCCAGAGCAUGUCUGGAUAUUUAAUUAAUCACAGGGGAAGUUGUAAGCUUUGGCAAGAAAGGAGGCCAUAGUGGAAAUCCUCAUUGGCAUUACCCAGGAAAACACACAUUUUUGGGGAAAAGGCCAGGCUUGAUGUCUUUAGCCUCACCCCUUCCAGAGCAAGACAGACAGCUGCCUCCUGGGGCUGAUCUGGUUUGUUCCAAUUCUCAACCUCCAGCUGGGGACAAAUAAUUUAUUACCGUGAAUGCAUGGAUCUCUUUCUCCCCUGAGUUGCCAGCAGCCGUGUCUCUUUGUGGGAAGCUUUUGAAGGGGGCCUGAAAGCCAGGAGUGAUGGAUGGAAACGGGUGUGGGGAGAGACCCGAGUGAAUGCAGGGGAAGAAAGAAGUGCUGCUCCUGAAUAAACAUGCUGAGGAAAUGGUGGGCAUACACUUUUGGGGUGGCCACCAGAUGCUCCAAUUUCAAGACAGGUACAUGUUCAUUGUCUUCUGCAGCAUCACACUUUCUCUCUAACAUUAGGAUCAGGCUUGGGUGUAGGCUCGUCUCUGACCAAUUAAUUGCUCCUGGAGAAAGAUCUCUGCCACCCUCUCCACUAUCAGUGAGAUCCAUUCCUCUGUCCUUUCAUACCAAUGAAAGAAAGAGAGAGAGAAAUAGAGACAUUCUAAUAUCAUGGUGAUGGGCAUGCUACAAAAACUGAGACAAAAGAAAGGUCCAUAGGGGAUGUGGGUGGAAAUAGUGGGAUGGAAAGCGCUAUUGAACUUCAGCAUGAACCAGUGGGGUCUUGGUAAGGACCAGGCCUGAUGCUUCUGCCCCCGAGCUCACACCUGUGAAGUGGAGAAGCCAGUAAAUUGGGUGGGACGUUCUCAUUCUCACAUCCUUUUCUCCCCUCCUCCCUUGCUCCUCCACACCAAGGGUGGCAGCCUGCCCCUGUUUCUGACAGUGCUGACAGUGAGUACUGAGUACAUUGGUUCCAGGGCCCCUUUGUAGGGUUUGGAGAUGAGACUGAAUCUUUUGAUUUCUGCUUAUUUAUUUGGUGCUCUAAUAAAUUUGUUAGUCUCUAAGGUGCUACAAGUACUCCUGUUCUUUUUGUGGAUACAGAUUAACAUGGCUGCUACUCUGAAACCUUUUAAAUAAAUAGGUUCGUGUCUCUGCCAAUGAUGGCCCUAAGCCUCACGUUACACAGGAGGGCUCCCCACUCUGCACACUCCCCCCGCCCCAGAACUCAGCUGGCCACAGAAGGGAUGAGGUGAGGCUGUGUCCCCUCUUUGCCUGGUAAAGGGACUGCAAAGCAGACAUUCUGUAUCCUUUCAGGAGAUGAAAUGGCAGAGGUGGCUUCAUAGUUUAAAGGGAAAGGAUGUUUAUUUCCAUUUGAAGAUGCUUUUUUCCCCUCCUUCUGUAUCCCCUCUGGUACUGAUUCCAUACUGCAUUUGGCUGUUGUAGCCAGACACAACAAGCUAUGGAGCAUUUUUCUGGGUUGCUGCAGAUCUAAUCUCCUAGCAAAGCACUCACUCUUCUGGGAUUUAUUCCUAGUAGCAGAGCUACUCCAAAACUCCAAAAGCUUGAGUCUGGGGAAAUGAUCCCUGAGUUGUUUCUGAUCUUUAUAAAUCAUGGUUCAAACUGACCUCUGUGAGAGCUGGCAGCUGGAGGAGAGGUCAAAAGUGAGUGACUUUCGAAUGGACUGACUCUCUCUCCUCCCCCUGUUGUCUGUGGGUCACACUCCAGCUAGUGCUGGCCCCGACAGCCUCAGUUCUCUCAGAACACACAUCAAAGCCAAGAUGAAAGCAGAGAGACACCAGCUGCAGCUUUCACAGAUUCCUCUUCCUCUGACUGUAAGGGGAAGGCUUUUUCUUUUUUCUAAAAGGCAAUAUGCUCGGGACAUCUGUAGGGUGGGGCACGCUUGUAAACUUAAUCAAAAUUCUAGGGCAAAGCUCUUGUGGCCCUGAGGAUUCUGUGGCAGCUGCUGAUACAUUUAUUUUUUUUUUAAAUU